AUGGAUGAAGAGAAUGACUGUAAUAUUACGGUGCCAGCGGUGGACGAGCUAAGAUUAUCAUCAUUAUCAUCAGAGAUUCAAAUAGCUGAUACAAUGGAUGAAAUUGAAACUAUGAAUGAUAACGAUGAUGAAUCGAUUACACCAUCACAACUUGUCAAAGAAAUUACAAUUGCAUGGCAAAAUGAAAUUUGUGCACCGCGAUUAUUGCCACAUAUUGAAACUGUUGUUGAUUUAAUGAUUGAUCAACUAGAAUCCAUGGAAGAGAAUUUUAGCAAAUGCAAGGAUCAUACUUCAUUGAAAAUUAUUCUGCAUAAGAUGGAAGUACAACGCUUAGCUUACAUAAUUAAUGAGUAUAUUAGAGCACGAUUAAAAAAGAUUGAAAAGGAUGUUGAAGUAUUACAGAAUGAAGAUAAUGAAAGAGAAAAGACAAAUACGCCACGUUUGCUUAGUUCAGCUGAAAGGGUUUUUGCUGAGCGUUAUGAGCUUAUCAAACGUCAUUUAUUGGAAGCGAAUUUUCUGGAACGAAUACCACCAGCGCUACAACGUCUUCCAACUACAGCACUUGAUAUGUCUGCUGAACGGGUAAUUGUCGAAGUGACUAAUGAUCAGCAGGAACAGGUAAUAAUUCCUGAAAUGACUGAUAUAUUAUCAGAUCGAACUAUUGAUUUGCCACCCGGUUCUAUUCAUUUCAUUCCGUAUCCAUCUAUAGCUAAUCUUCUAGAAGCCAACAAAGUUCGUUUACUAUAG